AAAUAUAUAAAAUGAAAUUUUUAAUAAAUCUUAACAAUAUAUUUUUAAUAAUAGCGUUACUUUCCUAAGCUAUAUUAGGAGUUUAUAAUAAUCAUAUAUGUAAUCAUGAUACAGAAUUUAAUUUCUCAGAAGUUAAUCAUCAAACAGAAUAAGCUAGAAGAAUUUUAAAAGAAGAAGUUCUAUAAAACCCAGAAACGAAAAAUUUGCAGAUUGAUUUGCUUUAGUAACCAUAACCUAUAAGAAUUACUAUGGAUUAUAGUUUAUUUAACAUAGUGAAUGAUAAGAUAACUCAAUAUUAAAAAGAUUAAUUAAAAGGAUUAUUAUAAUAGGUUUAGGAUUAUUUGUAAAAACUAUUAAAAGUAAUUCCUGCUUAAAAGACUAUUGUAUACAAUACUAUAAAAUGUAAUAAUAUAAACAUUCCUAAAAAAUAUAGAAGAGAUGGUGAGAAUAAUUCUGAUCUCGUUAUUUGGGUUUCCUAUUAUAAUGGUCCAUUAUCUUUUUCUUUAGCUAAUGCUAUUCAUUGUUUAAUAGAUCCUAAUUUAAAAAGAGUUACUUAUGGUAUGAUUAAUAUAAAUUUAUCAAAGUUAGAUUUAGAUCAUACUUAAUCUGUAUUCAAAAGUGAUUUUAAUAAUAUAUUGCAUGAAUUUUUGCAUAUUCUAGGAUUUUCAAGAGGCUUAUAUAGAUAUUGGAUAAAUCCUUUAACCCAAAAUUUUUAUGAUGAUGAAAUAAAUAAUUAUGUAAGAACAGUUUCUAUAAGGGGAAAAUAAACUGUUAUCAUAUCUACUCCAAAUAUACUUGCUACUGCUAGAAAAUAUUUUGGAUGCCCUACUUUAUAAGGAAUGUAAUUAGAGAACGAUGGCGAUAUUAAUUCUGAUAGUUCUCAUUGGGAAAAAACAAUCCUCUUUGAUGAAUUAAUGACUGCCGACUCUUCUGAUAGGAAAUCUUUAUUGUCUAUUUUUACUAUUGCUUUAUUAAAAGAUACUGGCUAUUAUGCUGAAAUAGAUGAAAGUAUGAUUAAUAAUAUAUAAUGGGGAAAAAAUAAGGGAUGUGAUUUUGUUCUUAGAGCUUGCUAAUCUGAUACUUAUUAUCAUGAGUUUAUAAAAAUAGAAUAUACACCUGAAUAAUGCUCUUCAAAUAAUGAAGGUUAUGGGGAAAUUGUUGAAAAUAGGUUCAUGGAUAAUUGCAAAAAAAUUAACAAUUCAGUUUUUUGCGAAGAUUAUUCAAAGAAAACAAUUUAUGAUGAGUAUAAAUUGGAAUAUUAUGGGGCUAAUUCUAGAUGCUUUCAAUCUACUGCUAAUGUUGGAUAAGGUGUUACUUACAAUAAAAAUGUUCGUUGUCAUCGCGUUAUAUGUUCUCCUGAUUUUACUUAGAUUACUAUAGAUUUUCCUAACAAUAAAUUUUAAAAAUUAGUCUGUAAAAAAUAAGAUGAAGGAAAAAAAAUUUAAGUCAUUAAAGGGUAACCAGAAUUUGGUUACAUUACUUGUCCUGAUAAUUUAAGAGAAUUUUGCAGUUAUACUCCUGAAUGCCCUAAAUAUUGUUCUCGAAAGGGUAUUUGUAUAAAUGGAUAAUGUAAAUGCCAUUUUGGAUGGACGGGAUUUGAUUGUGAUAGUGAAUAAAGAUGGUGCAAUGAUUUUUUUUUAUAUGAUGGUUUUUAAAAAUGCGUUUAAUAAUGUCCUUAAGAUAAAUUUGCAAAUCCUGACAAAGUAUGUAGAGAAUCAUGUCCUAAUGGUUACUACUAAGAUAAUGAAAAUAAAAUAUGUUUAUAAUGCGAUAUAUCGUGUAUAAAAUGUUCUGGUCCUACAAUGAAUGAUUGUUUAGAAUGCGGUUUUUUGACAUAUUUAGAAGAAGGAAAAUGUGUAAAAUAAUGUAGUAAUAACUUCUAAUUAAUAGAUUAAAAAACAUGCGAAAAAUCAGUCAGUUAAGGAUGUGAGUAAGAAUGUGAGAAAUGUAAUUCUGAUGCUCAUGAAGAAUGUACUAAAUGUAAAGAAUAGUUCUUCCUUAAUUUAAAAACUAGUAAAUGUGUUCUUGCAAAUUAAUGCCCAGAAGGAACAUUCGCUAAUGGUGAUUAAUGUGCUAAAUGUCCUUAAUAAUGUUAAUAAUGCUCAAGUGAUUUAAAAACUUGUCUUUCUUAAAAUAGAUGUGAAAUAUGUGACACUAAGAAUGGUUGGGAGUUUGAUGCUGGUACUCGUCAUUGUUUUAAUAAUUAAUGCGAAGCUUCGUAAUGUCUAAAAUGUUAUGCUAAUAAUAAAAAUCAAUGCCUAUAAUAUGGUACUACAAAUAGUGAUGGUGAUAUAAUAGAUAAUAUUACAGAAGAUGGAGAUAGCGAUACAAAUAAUGGCAUUAGUUAAACUUAAAAAGAAAUUAAUAAAAACAAUGGAAAUAUUAAUAGUUAUAGUUGCUAAGCUUUAUUUUUAAUUAUUACUUCUUUAUGGCUAUGA